UAUUGUUCUUGACUGGAAAGGGGCUGAAAUGAGUUUCUUUGGUGUCUGGUGUCUAGUGUCUAUUCUUUAGAGAAAUCAAUUGCACAAUAAGGGUGGAGGUUGUAGCAGAGUGACAAACGUAUAGGUACUCGGAUUCAGACAUAUAGAUCCACUUAUAAAUACAGGCCAGAGAACAGCACUCUCCGUGUUGAACACCCUUAACAUUUCUGUGUUCUCAGAACUCAAGGUUCUCAGCGCCAUGAAGCCAUCAGGUGCCUUUCUGCUUUGGAUCAGCCUGGCCUGUUUGUUGCUCUCUGUAGAUGCUGUGAGCCAAGGAGGCUUUCAGGCUUUUUGUAGCAACUAUGAGAAGACAUUGGCCCCAGAUGGAAAAUCAUGCCCAAAGGUCCACAAACCUGUGUGUGGCACUGAUGGAAAAACCUACCAGAACCGCUGUGAAUUCUGCCAAACAGCUAUGGAAAGAAGUUUGGGAAAACUUGGUUUCAAACAUGAAGGGAAAUGCUGAUUCUCUAACAUCACAAUGCUGGAUGCGCCUUUGGUUUGCUUUUUACACUAAGACAUGUAUUCCCUAUUACCCAGUUUCCACAGCAAUGUGCUUCGCACCAAUUAUUAAGCAUAAAACAAAAUAAAUAAAGCUAUGCAGGUAACAACAAUGCUUUGUUUCAUGUAAUGAAAGCACAUCUAAUUAAUUUACUUAGAUAUACUGUUACACUCUUCAAUAUGAAAGGAGAACUUUGGAAACCAAACAGGCUACUACCACACUUACCAGACCCAGAAAUGCCCUAUUAGUGCACAGUUCCUCAGGAGCUAUGCAGAGGAUCUGAAGGAAGUUGAGGAUUCUGAGAAGUAAACAUAUGUACCUGAUACAAUAUGUUGGAAUAGUUGUUUUUCCUAAAGGGUAUUUUGAGUUGUUUAAUGUUUCCACUCAGUAUUGAGGUCAGAUAUCAAUAAAAGAUGGAC